UCUAUUAUUUCUCUCCUUUAAUUUUUUUUUGGAGGUUUUUUGUGUUUUAUAGAGAUUUCUAUUAUACCGUCCCUCCUUAUUAUUUUCGGAUAUUUUUCUUAUUUUUUUUUAUAUUUUUUUCAAGAUGGGUAUUUGGGUUUUGGAAGACAGGCAUCUGGACAUGCCGCCAGGAACCUCGAAGCUGGGAGAGGAGCAGGGCCCGUCCGCGUUGGGGAACGCCAGCGACUUGAAGAAAGAUGGCGAUGUUAUUCUGGUGCCGCAGCCGAGUAACUCGCCGAAUGACCCGCUCAAUUGGUCUCCCAUGCGAAAGAACGCGAUUAUGUUGAUCUUGGCCUUCAGCUCCGGCGUCACGACUUCUCUUGGUCCUAUGAUCUCCCCGGGCCUGGUGCUCAUCAGCCAGCAAUUUAAUGUCGACCCCGAUACCACUGCUACGUUUAUGGUCGGAUCCAUCUUGCUCUUUACCGGUGUUGUAACGUUCUUUACGGCAUCCGGCGCCAAUAUCUGGGGCAAGAGGCCGUUCUUCGUCAUCUCGACCAUGAUGUUGUUGGCAUCGAACAUUUGGGGCACAUUCGCUACUUCUUUCGCUUCCUUGGCCGCCAUGCGAAUCUUCCAGGGUAUCGCGUCCGCGCCAUUGGAGACUCUAGUAACAUCCACAGUAUCCGAUCUCUUCUUCGUCCACCAGCGAGGAUUCCGCCUCUCCCUGUGGGGUGUGAUGCUGGGAACUGGCGUUCUACUGGGCCAGAUCAUCUCCGGCUUCAUCAUCGAGUCCAUGGGAAUCCCGGGCACCUUUGCCGUCAGCGCCCUGAUCUUCUGCAUCAUCCUGCCGUUUAUCUACUUUGUCGUCGUCGAGACGACUUACAGCGGGCCCCGCGACGACACGUCGUCCAAGGAAGUCCGCCCCGGCUCGAGCGAAUCGUUCUCGGAGGAUCUGAAGGGCGACGUCGCGGCCAAGGAGACCGUCGAGACGUACAAGAGCCAGCUGCGCCUGUACCGCGGCCGGCUGUCCAGCGAGUCCUUCUGGAAGGGCGUCGUGAAGCCGUUCCCCCUGAUCCUGUUCCCGGCCGUCAUCUUCUCGACCCUCGUGUACGCCUCCUUCUUCUGCUGGCUGCUCAUGAUCGGCGUCCUGUCCGUCAACGUGUUCUCCGCGGCGCCGUACAACCUCACCCCGGCGCAGAUCGGACUGACCAACAUCCCGCUGGCCAUCGGCGCGCUCAUCUUCUCGCCGCUCUCCGGCUGGAUGGCCGACGCGAUCCCCGUGUGGAUGGCGAAGCGCAACAACGGCAUCUUCGAGCCCGAGUUCCGCCUCGUCCUCAUGAUCAUCGCCAUCCCCCUCUCCACCGCCGGCUUCAUCGGCUUCGGCAUCGCCGCAUCCGAGGGCCUGUCCCUGACCUGGUGCCUGGUCUGGAUCACGAUGCACUCGAUCGCCGUGCCCUUCGCCUCGCAGGCCGCCAUCAGCUACGUCAUCGACUGCCACACCAAGGACGCCAACCAGGCCUUCGUGACCAUCAACUUCGUCAAGGCGCUCCUCAGCUUCGUCGCGUCAACCAUCGGAAACGGGCUGCUCACCAAGUUCGGCCCGAGGACCUUGUUCAUCGGCAUCGCGUGCCUCAAUCUGGGCAUCAGCCUGCUGACGAUCCCGAGCUACAUCUACGGCAAGAGGCUCAGGAGCUGGGUGGCGCGCAGCGAGUGGGCGCAGAAGAUUUGAAUGCUGCUGGCUAUGGCUAUGGGCAUGGGCAUGGGCAUGGGCAUGGGUAUGGGCACAUGUAUGAAUCUUUACGGUAACAGGAUGGUAUUAUCCUACAG